GCCCUGAGCGCGUACGUCCACUUACGGUUCACAGCUCGGCGCCGUGUGUCCGUGGCGCGCAGCAACGCCGCCCGCCGUUCACGCUCGCAGUCGAGGCACCGGUAGAUCGAGAGGUCCGGGGGAGAGAGACCAGAGAUGUGGCCGUCGUGGCUGCCGUUCCUGUACCCGCCGCCGGCGUCGGCGUUCGUGACGGCGAUGUCGGCGGUGUCGCUCGUGUCGCUGGCCAACGGGGGGCUCUCGGAGCUCCGCGGCGAGCACAUGGCCUACUCCAAGUUCUGGCACGUCGUGGCGGCGAGUGGCAAGCAGCAGCGGCAGCAGCGCGGCGGCACGGUCCUGCCAAGCCGCGACGGGAUGCUGGUUGCCUACGCCCCGGCCUUCGUCGCCGCCGCGGCGUCCUUCGCCGUGCCGGGCGCGGUGGAAGGCGCGCGCGCGCAGCUCCUCAGCGCCGCGCUCGCCGGCCACUUCCUCAAACGGCUUCUCGAGUGUUCUGUCUCUCAGGUGCUGUUCGUUCACCGGUACAGUGGGAACAUGCCGCUCGCCACGGCGGUCACCAUCUCCUCCAGCUACCUCCUCAGCACCGCCACCAUGAUCUACGCGCAGCACCUCAGUCGCGGCCUCCCGGAUCCCCCCGUCGACCUGCUCUACCCCGGCGUGCUCGUCUUCGCCAUCGGCCUCGCCGGCAACUUCUACCACCACUACCUCCUCUCGAGACUGAGAGCCGACGGAGGCGGCGACGACAAGGGGUACAAGAUGCCUAGGGGCGGCAUGUUCGAGCUCGUCACCUGCCCACACUACCUCUUCGAGAUCAUCGGCUUCUUCGGGUUCGCCAUGAUCGCACAGACCGUGUACGCGCUCGCCGUGGCAUCCGGCACGGCGGCCUACCUCGCUGGCCGGAGCUGCGCCACCAGGAGGUGGUACGAGUCCAAGUUCGAGGGCUUCCCGGAGAGGAUCAAAGCGUUGGUGCCGUAUGUCUUGUAGUGAGUAAGAGAGUGCGUGCUCCAUAUGCUUUCGUGUGUGCACGAGAUUUUUGUGCACCAAUUUGGUUUCGGCUUGUUGCGAUUGGUGUGAAGUUUUCGUGCCUGAAACACGAGAAUUUUAUAGGAACUUUGCCUGAAACAAUUUGUUGCA